AUGGAGCUUAUGCAACUAUACCUAAAGCAUGCAACCUGGAUAGUCUAUUACGUCUGGGACAACCAAAACACUGGACAUGAACCUCGAUGGCUUCGCGGCGGAAGGCCUACUGAUGGUGUCAGUUCCGCUACUGAGGCACACGAGGCUAGAUUUCCAGGACUGCCAUGCAACACCCUUCCCUCCAAGUCAUAUCGUCAUUCCUUCGAUCAGACACCGCUCGUGACUCGCACAAAGUUGACAUUACUACAUUUCUGGACAGUUUCGACUUAUUACGAGGUUCGCCACAAUACACUGGGCACGGGAGGCGAAAUGAUGGACUCGGAGAGCAAUCCAGUCGGAAGUUGCGAUUUCGACCGUAAACCCAAUUUAGAAGACAUGGAGGCACCUCGGUCAUGUCACGAGUUCAUCGUUAUCUACGAAGAGGGAGAUUUGAGCUACGAACGGUGGAGGAGCAGCUCUUACAUUCCUUCCAAGAAGUACAGAGUCAUUAUGAUUGAGUGGAACGGGGACAUCGCCGAGAGGAUUGGAUCUGGCUAUCUCCAGCGAGAAGGCGUGUUCAAGUCGUGUCGCAGGCCGAUGGAGUGGAAGGAGAUUGUACUUGGAUGA